UCUCUCCUGAUUUUAUGUUAUGUCUUGAGAUUGGUGCCAUCAUUUGCACACAUGGCAUGUGAUGGCUAUUACACCGUCCUCAUCAUACCUCUCCAGAGCAGCCUCUACAGCCCUGAUGCACUGCACUGCUUCCACUGGCUAAAGAAACGUAGAGAUCUGGAAAGACAAAAAGACGUCCUGUGGGCUGGACUGCAGGUUGUGGAACAAACACAGCUGUGGUACCAUAAUCGCAUGCAGCUGAAUUUACAAAGGCAAGUUAGCUUCAGCACAGGAGACUUGGAUGGAGAGGGCAGGUGGUCCUGUGCUAUGCGGUCUUGUAUGCAGCGUGUGAAUGGUAGCCUAGGUAGUCUGAUGAGUGACUCCUGUGUCUGGAACAAUCUGGCCCCAGAGGAGAGUAGCGGUUCGGACUGGGACCUUCGGUGGAACAAUGCCACAUUAGUCAAGGAAGUGAAUCGGCAGAAUCAACAGAUUUCCAUGUUGGAGCUUGAGAAGGCACAACUUCUUCAGCAGCUGGUGUCGUACAGCACACCUGAUUGAUGACAUAUAUCUGCACAUUUUAACUUCAAUUACAAAAGGGUUUCAAUCAAAUCAUGCAGCAAAAUGUAAAUAGUUAAAAUAGCUAUGAGACAGACUAAAUGUUAACAUUAAUUUAAGCUUUGGUAUACACCCAGUCCCACCCUGUCUUCCAUUAUUUUAGCAGAAAGAAAAUUAUAGAUAUAAUAUUUACUUUUUUCCUGAAAUAUUUGUUGAUACCGUUUUUUAAAUCUGACUUGUUAGUAGUGAUUCAAACUUACAGGUUUUGAAGUAUAAAUCAAGUAUAACUUAAAAUAUGACCACAUAGUUUAAAAGAAUGAAGACUCUCCCAUUACUGGCUAAAAUUAUUAUUGCAAAAUCUCUUGUAUUACAGUGCCCUCCACUAAUAUUGGCACCCUUGGUAAAUAUGAACAAAGACGGCUAUGAAAAUAAAUCUGCUUUGUUUAUCUUUA